GCUUAUAGCUCAGUCACACGAGAAGACAAAGAUUUUGUAACACACUUGUUGAAAUUAACUCUGAGAGAAGACAACGAUUGAUUCUCCAGACUCGAAAGCACUGUGAUUCUUUGCUUUCAGUGUGAAACACAAUAGCUUCCUUCUUUUUACUGGCGAAGUGUGAAGUUUCAGUCUUCAAUCACAUGCUUUCGAUCAUAUAUAACAACUCCUCAAAACUGUUGCAACAUGGGAAGCUUUUACACAUUAAGUUUGGUGUUGAGGUGCUGAGUUCUGAUGCUGCUUUAAACUGAAGAACUUUCAGGAUUUUUGUCACAGAUGGAGGUGAUGUGGGUCACAAGCCACGGAAGAAUUUUUGUGGGAAGGGUGUUGUUUCUCUUGGUUUUGUUCUUGUGGAUUCCGACGCAGGUAGUGGUGGGAAGGACAAGAACUACUGUCACAAACUCUUCUACUUCUUCUUCGACACCAAGAGUUUUGAGAGUUGGAGCACUGUUCAGUCUCGAUUCUGUAAUUGGAAGAUCGGCUGAACCUGCACUUGUGGCUGCUUUCGAAGAUGUUAAUGCUGAUUCAAGCAUUCUCCCUGGCAUUAAACUCGAAGCUGCUUUGCAUGAUACAAAUUGCAGUGGCUUUGCUGGAACAAUGGAAGCAUUGCAGUUGAUGGAGGAUGAAGUGAUUGCUGCAAUUGGUCCACAGUCCUCAGGAAUAGCCCAUGUCAUCUCUCAUGUGGUCAAUGAACUCCAUGUCCCUCUUAUUUCAUUUGGGGCAACAGACCCUUCUCUAUCUUCCCUUCAGUACCCAUAUUUUGUUCGCAGCACCCAAAGUGACUAUUAUCAGAUGUAUGCAAUUGCAGCUUUGGUUGAUUACUACAGAUGGAGGGAGAUAAUAGCCAUUUAUGUAGAUGAUGAUAAUGGAAGAAAUGGAAUUUCAGUACUUGGAGAUGCUCUGUCAAAAAAACGUGCCAAGAUCUCUUACAAGGCUCCAUUCCCUCCUGGGGCACCCAGAAAAGACAUCAGUGACUUGUUAAAUGGAGUUAACCUAAUGGAGUCAAGGGUCUUCGUUUUGCAUGUUAAUCCUGAAACUGGUUUGAGCAUUUUUUCCAUUGCUCAGAAGCUAGGAAUGAUGGGCAGUGGCUAUGUAUGGAUUGCAACAGAUUCACUUGCUUCAGCUCUUGAUUCAUCAGAGCCAGUUGAUCCUAAGAUAUUGAAUCUCCUACAAGGGGUUUUGGCUUUACGUCAUCACACUCCUGAUACUAAUGAAAAGAAGAAUUUUCUCUCCAGAAUGAAGAGACUAAGAAACAAGGAGACUCCAAGCUUCAAUUCCUAUGCACUGUAUGCAUAUGAUACAGUUUGGCUAGUAGCCCAUGCUCUUGAUGCUUUUUUGAAAGAAGGUGGUGUGGUAUCUUUCUCCUCUGACCCUAAGUUAAGCGACACAAAUGGAAGCACACUGCAUUUAGAAUCACUUCAUGUUUUUGAUGAAGGCCCUACUUUUCUGCAGACAAUUUUGGGAACCAACUUCACUGGUCUGACAGGACUAGUUCAGUUUGAUAAUGAAAGGAAUAGAAUUCGUCCAGCAUAUGAUAUCUUGAACAUUGGUGGGUCUGGAAUGCGCAGAAUUGGUUAUUGGUCUAAUUACUCAGGUCUCUCAGUUGUGGCACCAGAAAUUCUGUAUAAGAAGCCACCAAACACUUCAACAAGCAGCCAGCAACUAUAUGGUGUUAUUUGGCCUGGAGAAACUGCAGCUAAACCAAGGGGAUGGGUGUUUCCCAACAAUGGAAAGCCACUGAGAAUUGCAGUGCCUAACCGAGUAAGCUACUUGGAGUUUGUUUCUAAAGACAAGAACCCCCCUGGUGUAAGAGGCUAUUGCAUUGAUGUAUUUGAAGCUGCCAUAAACUUGUUGCCUUAUCCUGUCCCGCGAGAAUACAUAUUAUUUGGACCUGGUGAUAGAAAUCCUAGCUACGAUGACAUUUCUAGUCAAGUUGCACUAAAUAACUAUGAUGCAGCUGUUGGUGAUGUUACAAUUGUUCCCAACAGGACAAGGUUUUUGGAUUUUACACAACCUUACAUAGAAUCAGGUCUGGUUGUUGUUGUUCCUGUCAAGGAGAUCAAAUCAAGUCCUUGGUCUUUCCUCAAGCCCUUCACUGCUCAAAUGUGGUGUGUUACUGGUGCUUUUUUUAUCCUUGUGGGAACCGUUGUAUGGAUUCUUGAGCACAGGCACAAUCCGGAGUUCCGUGGUAGACCAAAGAAACAACUCAUGACAGUCUUCUGGUUUAGUUUCUCAACAAUGUUUUUCUCACACAGAGAGAACACAGUGAGUGGUCUUGGGAGAUUGGUCCUAAUCAUAUGGCUUUUUGUGGUGCUAAUUAUCAAUUCAAGCUACACAGCUAGCUUAACAUCCAUCCUCACAGUGCAGCAACUUUCAUCACAGAUUGAAGGAAUUGACAGCUUGAUUUCAAGCAAUCAACCCAUUGGAAUUCAAGAAGGCUCAUUUGCACGCAAGUAUUUGACAGAAGAACUCAACAUACAACCAUCAAGGAUAGUUACAUUGAAAAAUAUGGAGGCAUAUAUUGAUGCUCUUGAGCGUGGACCAAAAGAUGGAGGAGUUGUGGCUGUUGUUGAUGAGCUUCCUUACAUUGAAAUCUUAAUGUCAAAUACAAACUGCAAGUUCAGAACCGUUGGGCAGGAGUUCACUAAAAGUGGUUGGGGAUUUGCAUUCCAGAGGGACUCUCCCCUUGCUGUUGACAUGUCAACUGCAAUUCUUCAACUCUCAGAGAAUGGUGACCUGCAAAAAAUCCAUGACAAAUGGCUCUUGAAACAGGAUUGUUCUACGCAAGAAAAUGAUGUUGAUUUAAACAAACUAUCUCUGAGUAGCUUCUGGGGUCUGUUUCUUAUAUGUGGCAUUGCAUGUCUCCUUGCUUUGACUGCAUUCUUCAUUAGAGUGCUAUGUCAGUACACAAAAUUCAGCCCAGAAUCUGAGCAACAUGAUGAGGAAACUUCACCAGACAGGCCUAAAGGUAAAGGGCCUUUUGGAAGCAAUACUAGCUUCAGAGACUUGAUUUAUUUUGUGGAUAAGAAAGAAAAAGAAAUCAAAGAGAUACUUAAGCAGAAGAGUAAGAAAAGAAGACGCAGUCUGAGCUUAGAUGGCCAAUCUUCUUCAUCCGCCUAAGUAUCCAUGUAUAUUUUUGUAGCCCUUCUUUUACUUUUCUUGUUUAGGCCAUACCAUAAUAACAGUAGUAGUGACACAAAUUUGUCAGCAUUGAAAUAUUUUCAUUUCUAUCUUCUUGGAUAGGUAACAAUCACGGUCUACUUCGGGCCAAUAUACACUAGAUUUAGACAAAUCUACCUUCAUACAGAACUGUUAAGUCUCCAACUUGUUCAUGAAUAAAAGGUUUUCAUGCA